CGCCCGGUGAUAGCGGAGGGAGCGGCGGUGUCCGGGCCGCCGGCACCGGGGAAGGGGCCGCGCUCGUCCUCCUCGGGGGAUCCGCCGCGCCCGCGGGCCGCUCGCCGCGCCGACUACCGGCUGCUCGCCUCGCACCUCACGCCGAGCCGGGCCGGCAGCUGCCGCCGCCGCCGCCGCUGCUGCUGCUGCCGCCGCCGCCGCCCCGGCGCGAUGUGCGGGGGGAUGGCGGCGAAGGGGACGGGCGGGCCGCGGUGGUGUCAGAACCGGCGGGCGCGGCUGCUGUGCAUGCUGGCGCUCACCUUCCUCUUCUUCGUGGUGGAGGUGGUGGUGAGCCGGGUCACGUCGUCGCUGGCCAUGCUCUCCGACUCCUUCCACAUGCUCUCCGAUGUCAUGGCCCUGGUCGUGGCUUUGGUGGCCGUGCGCUUCGCCCAGCGCACCCGCGCCACCAAGAAGAACACCUUCGGGUGGGUGCGGGCCGAGGUGAUGGGCGCCCUCGUCAACGCCGUCUUCCUUACCGCCCUCUGCUUCACCAUCCUGCUGGAGGCCAUUGAGCGCUUCACGGAGCCACACGAGAUCCAGCAGCCGCUGGUGGUCAUCGGCGUGGGGGUGGCGGGUCUCAUCAUCAACCUGCUGGGGCUCUGCCUCUUCAACCACCACGGAGUCGGGGGGCACGGGCAUUCUCACGGCCACGGGCACUCGCACAGCGGCAGGCAUCACUCCCGCAGCGGCCCCAAGCCCGAGCAGGCCCCCGGGGAUGGAGAAGCCGCGCUGCACCGGGAGGAGACCAGCACCUUGGUGGAGAACUGUAGCAGCUCCAACGGAGUCAGCCAGGAGAAGCUGGGCGAUUUGAAAGACGACAUGACUGACCUACAAGUGAAUGGGAAUGCUGGUCAUUAUCCUCUGGAUGUAGAGGAGGUUGAAGAAGACUCUAGUGCACAGCUUAACAUGCGUGGAGUUUUUCUGCAUGUUUUUGGAGAUGCCUUAGGUUCAGUCAUUGUUGUAGUGAAUGCCUUGCUCUUUUAUGGUUUGUGGAAUCCAUGCCCCAGAGAUGGGCCGUGCUUUAAUCCAUGUGUCAGUAAUCACUGCACGGAAAAUGCUACUUUAUCCCAAACACUUAGCAGAGCAAACAAGUCUGAGCAAGAGAGCAUUACGGUGGCUGGUCCAUGCUGGUUGCUAUACUUAGAUCCCGUCCUUUGUUUGAUCAUGGUCUGUAUACUCCUUUACACAACUUACCCAUUACUUAGGGAGUCAGCCCUUAUACUGCUACAGACUGUUCCCAAGGAUAUAGAUGUUCAUUCUUUGAACUCGAAAUUACGUACCCUUGAAGGGGUUGAAGCAGUCCAUGAGUUGCACAUCUGGCAGCUGGCAGGCAGUAGGAUCAUUGGCACUGCUCACAUAAAGUGUCCUGACCCUUCCACGUACAUGAUGGUGGCAAAGCGCAUAAAAGAGAUCUUUCAUGACGAAGGGAUUCAUGCAACUACCAUUCAGCCUGAGUUUGCCAGAGUUGGCUCUGAAUCAGGGAGAGGGAAAUGUGAGUUUCCUUGCAGAACUCAGUGUGCUUUGAAGCAGUGUUGUGGAACGGGAGAAGAUAGUAUUGCAAAGAAGACAGAAAAAUCUUCGUCGCUUAGUAUUUCUUGUUCAGAAGUCGUCAUUGAAUUUUCAAAAACUAGGAGGACUAAGUCAGAGAGCAUCCCUUCAGUUAAGCUGGAGGCAAACAUUGACCAAAACGAGCAGUUUGAAUCAUCUUUGUAAUUCCCUGAAUGGUGCUGCCUGAGUUUGGUGACUUUGACAACAGCUGUACUGCAAGAGGAAGAGACAGACGUUUGAGAUGCAAUUUUGCCAAGUAGUGUAAUUGCUGAAGUCCUUGUUCUUGUCAUACUGCUAAAUCUAGAAUGCUUGUUCUAAAGAACACGAUGUCACUGUUAUGAUACAAUGUGGUUUUUGUUGACUUUGUUCUGAGACAGACAGAAAGUGCACCAAUGCUGUAACAACUUCAGAAAACCAGUUUCAACAUUUCAGCAGAGACACUUUUUGCUGUGCUUCACAUUAAAAUUUUUUUUCCACUAACAAGGUAUUUGAGGGAUAAGCAUGUAGGAACUCAAUUUGUGUUACAGAUUUCUUGGACCUGCUCCUUCCUUUGGUAUUUGAUUUGUAGAUAUUUUAAUAUAUUGUUUAUUUAGAAGCCCUAAGGAAACCAAAGUUCAUAGAAUGUUUUUAAAGAUACAGCUACUUAAAACUGGAAACCACUUGGCAAUUUCACUUAUUUUUCUUAAACCUAUAUAAGAACGAAUGUGAAUGCAUUUCUUUUGAAUUUCUCCUGUAACAUAUUCUAAAGAGACCACCACAUGAUUGUUAGAAGCUGUCCCCCCUUUUUCUGGUAGAAAGGUAAUUCAAAUCAACUGCUUGUGAAAAUACCAGAUGUGAAAGGGUUUUUUUUUUUUCUCUUACAAGAAUGGAAGUUCAAGCUACUGUAUACUGCUCUGUGAUGAAGAUGUGAGACUGAUAAAGUAAUGCAUACUUUCAUUUUUUAUGGAUUUUCUGGUGUUUUUCCUUAUUUUCAAGUUGUGUCUGGUCACAAAAGUCUUUGAAGUUUAAAGAAUCCUUGACUUACAGUGCUAUGAAUGAAGAGCUGGAGCUUCACUUUUAACUCUGCUCAGUUUACCAAGGUAAAAGAAUUAGUUAUGUCAAGAAGUGUUCUACCAGGGAAAGUCUGCCAACACUGACAGUGUAACUCAUGCUUUUAAGCAUAGACUGUAGCCUCUGCAACAAGCAAUUCAGUGGUGUGUUUUGCUUGUAGUUGAGUGUGUCAGUAAGCACUUGCUGUGACUGCAGUCCUGGUCCUCACCGUGUCCUCAGGAGCCUCCCAGUGACUUUUGAGGAAGUGAAACAAGGAGUAGGAUUUCAUUCACUGUAUUUCACACUUAGAGUUAUUUAUAUAUCACGUAAUUUCACUUACUAAAUACCUGAGUCUGUUGUUCAAAAUGUUAACUCAGUUAAUUGACAACUGGCUCUAAAGAAGCUGUUACAGUAUGCUGCCAAUUUACACCCCAACAAAGGAGAAACUGGUAUUUGGAUUAAAUUUGGCAGAAACUAGAUAAGAGUUGAAGAUAAAACAUGUAAGAAGGCUAAGCUAACCCCCCGACCCUUUCAGUCCACCCUCAAGUUACAUAUGGGAAAUAAUGACUUGUGAUUUAAUUGACUGCUUCUGUGCUCAAAACUGGAAAACAGCUCAGAUCUUCCAUGGUUUGCUCUAUGACUCUGGACAUGAUAAACAUUCUGCCUCGGUUUCCCUGUCUUAAAAUGGGGAUCAUACCUACCUCACAGGGGUGUUGUGAGGCUUAACUCAUGUGUGAAGAGCUCUCAGAUCUGUUACUGGAAGGCACUGGAAGGAAUGUAAGAUACUGGAUUACAUGGUAUUUACUCCUUUUACAAAUGUAUUGCAAUACCUAGGCACAACAUAGGGAACUGAGGAUAGUUUUGGCCUUAUGAAAUUCUUUGAUGCUGUGGUUUUCAGGUUUUUAACAGUAUUUAAAUGUAAAUUUUUUAAAAAAAGAAUGUUUUGUUAGUGAAGGCAAUGUAGCUUUGCCUUAAGAUACAGAACACCUCCCUAGUUUGCAUUUCUAUUACAUCUUGUAUGAUAAUUGCUCCUAAGUAGUUCAAAACAGUCUGCUGCUUGUCAGACCUGGAUUGGCCCAGGUCACAUCAGUGGUCUUGCCCAACUUCUCAGGAGAGCAUUGCAGUCAACUCUUGAUUAUCCAUGAGUGGAUUCCUGGUGUUGUGUGUUACCUGUGCAGCCCACAGGGCCAGACCAGCACUGUCCCAUGUGCCCCUGCCUUGGACAAAUGCUUCAUGCCAAAGCAUUGGAAAAAUAGAGGACCUGAGUCCAGUGUCACAGGAGCCUGCUGUCACAGGGUUUGUUAGCUUGGGUGCAGUGCAGCACCCUGCAGUUAUUUUGCCUCUCAGCAGCUCAGAUGCAUCCGGUGUGUGGAUGGGUCAGUUCAUCUUUCUGCUGCCGUGGGGAUGUUGGUGCUGCACAGCCAUCAGCAUCACUCACAGUUUUUCUGUGUUUAUGCUUGUAUAGUCUCAUAAACUAACUUAAAUAUGUUAAUAUAGUAUUUAUAUGUUUUUGUUCUGUUUGAAUUACCUAACUCUUCUGUUACCUGUAUAUGAUCUAGAGUUGACUGUUAAAUGAGAUCUUGUAUGAGACUACAUUUGCAGAAUACGCUACCACUGCUAGUAUAUAACAAAGUAUUAACCAAGUAAAUUUUGAAAUGAACAAA